AUGCCAGAUAUAUCACGCAAUCGUAUCGAAAUCUGGCGUAGCGAAGUUGAGUCGCAAACAUCAUCGCAAUCGGGUGUGGCAGUAGAAAUGGGUUGGAAUGCACCGGUUGUACGACCACAGAGCUUUUGGAGGCGGGUACUCGGAUUGGGAUAUAGCGGCAGUGGCAGCGGGAGCGGCUCUCGUGGUCACGAGGUUGGAAAUGGAAGUAGAAGUGGAAGCAGAAGCAGAACUGGAAGCAGCAGGAGUGUGAGCAUAGGUAGGAAACUUGGAUUGGUGAAAGGAGAGAUCGAACGAACUGGGAUGUAUACCGUGAAGAUCAAGGGAGAUAAGGAUGAGCUCGAAAGAGGAAGGGACCUGGAGGGGAGAGAGAAAAGCGGAGAGAGGGGUGAAGGAAGUAGUAUGGAACUUGAUGGUUGUGAGGAAAGUGUGAGGGGUGGGUUGAGGGAAAGAAAAAACAGGUUAGAAAGGGCAGCUAAGCUGCUAGGAAAGAAUGAAGGACCGAGGGAGAAUAGACAGAGGAUUGUAAUGGGUUGCGAGGCAGUAUUUGGCGGAUUGGAUAACAUCAUUCAUGACACAGGAGAAUUAGCAUUAGCAUUGGACAAAUUGAUGGGUGGGGCUACCUAUGUACUACAACCUCAAAUAAGGUCACACGGUGCCUUCAAAUACCUCACGAAUAAGCCAAUACCAUCAACCUUGACCAAAUCUCUGGCUGUUGACUGUUCGAACUCAGUUGGUAACUCGGAACGGGCAUCGUGA